UUUGAUUCAGUCGUGCUUUAUGAUUCGUGAUCUGAUCGAAAGUAUGAGACUAAGUAAACGGAUUAAACCAAAAGAGACAUUUCAAUCUGAAUAUGGAUAUAAUAAAUAUGAAAUUAUUUAUUCGGUUUUCUUGCUAUACAUAUAUUAUUAAAUGAAUUUAGUGUCGGUUUAACAUGACUUUUUACGUCAAUGACGUGACAGUAGUGGUAGCAACGGUUGAAGUCAUAAUGACGAUUUUAACAAUGGGAUUAUCAAAGCUUCAUACAAUUUUAUAAUUUUUGUUCAAAUAGAGUUAUGAUAGAUGAAGUGAAUGUUUAUAUGAUGUUGAUUUUACAUACAUAUUAUUUCUAAAAUUUAUUGUGCAUUGUGUAUACAUUUUUUAACUAUAUUUUUCUAAAAUUGAAUUAAGUGUAAAAUAAUUUAUUUCAUUUAUAUAUUCAAUCAUUGUAAUAUUUUUUGGUGUUAUAUCAUGAUAUAGUAAAGAAAUCAUGAUAGAUUGUGAUUUAAUUUGAUCAAAUAAAAAUAGACAAGAUGGAUGGAACAAGAGCUGCAGAGGUCUUACCUUUGCUUCAAGAACGUUUGGCCAUUCUGCCAGGUAGCCGAGAUCGCAGAGGUGGACCAGUACUUUUAUUUCCUACUACACCAAGACGUGAAAGAGCCAAACCUGAAGAUUAUCGCCGUCUUUUACAAUAUUUAUUGACUGUCCCCAGUGAUGAAGCUAGGGGUUUACGUUUCACUGUGAUUGUGGAUAUGCGUGGUGCUACUUGGGAUUCUGUCAAACCAAUACUAAAGGUAUUGCAUGAACAUUUUCAUCGAUCAAUACAUGUUGCUUUUAUCAUUAAACCUGAAAAUUUCUGGCAAAAACAACGGACAUCAUUAGCCAAGCAAAAAAAAUAUAAUUUUGAAAUAAAUACUAUAAGUUUAGAAGCUUUGACAAAAGUAAUUGAUCCAUCACAAUUGACAGCAGAUUUAGAUGGAUCAUUACAAUAUGAUCAUGCUCAAUGGAUUGAUACAAGAUUAGCUGUAGAAGAUUUUACAUGGCAAGCAAGUGAUCUUCUCGAUAGAUUAGACGAUUUACAAGAGGAUUUAAGUCGAAACGAUUUUGCGGACGAUGUAGCUGGAGCAAAACAUGGAAUUGAUUUGCAUAAUGAAAUGAAGAAAAAAAUUAUGAAAGUUCCGGUAGAAGAAAUUGAAGUUAUCGGUCAGCGAUUGUUACAACGCUUCGAUAAUAAUAUAGCAGCGAGUAGUGGCGAAGGCGGUAGUAUAGAAAGUGGAGCAACCGGUGGCACCGAUCCUGAUGGACGAGCAUUAGCCGCGUUAGUAAUUCAACACUUAGAUUCUGUACAUGCUGCACAACAACAUCUUCUACAGUUGUGGCAUAUUAAGAAGAUGAAAUUGGAUCAGUGCUUUCAACUAAGACUUUUUGAACAAGAUUGUGAAAAAAUGUUCGAUUGGAUUUGUCACAAUAGAGAAGGAUUUUUAGCGAAUUACGUUGAAAUUGGACGUUCUUAUCAACUCGCUAAGAAUUUACAGGAAGAGCACAAACAUUUCACUAUAAGUUCUAUGAACGUUUAUGUGAAUAUAAAUAAGAUUUUAACGAUGGCCAGUCGUUUGCUUGAAACUCAACAUUAUGCUGCCGGACACGUAAGAGCAGUAGCUGGCCGACUAGAUCGAGCUUGGAAAGAAUUCGCAGCAGGGCUUGAUGAACGUACUGCGGUUCUUAGUUUAAGCGUUGUAUUUCAUCAUAAGGCAGAACAAUAUGUUGAUAGCGUUGCAGGAUGGAGUCAAGCUUGUGAUGCUGGCAAUCUACCUAACGAAAUACCGAUUUUGGAAUCUCAUAUACGGCAGCAUCAAACUCUUUAUGAAGCAAUGUGUCAAGCUUAUACAGAGGUAUAUGACGCGUAUCAGGCACUUUUGAGUGGACUAGGCUCAAUGCUGCAAGUUUGUCACGGCUUCGUUUCGACGCACAGUUCGAGCUCGGAUACAUUUUGCAUCGAUUAUGUGCAUAGUACCAGUAAGAAGCUUCUUUAUCAACUGGAUCAUCUCGUGCAAGUCUGUAAUCAACCGCAAGGGAUAGACCAUACAGCCAGAAAACAUAGUCAAGAUGGACAUGGCAUUGAUGGGCAUUCUGGUAUGAGUGGGAAUCCUGCUGCGGAUUAUAGCGAAGGUGCGUCUCAUGUAUUGGCAGUGAUCCAUCAAAUUUUGGGUCAUCAUAGGGCGUUGGAAGCUCGUUGGCAUGCUCGAAAAGUCAAAUUGCAUCAGCGACUCGCGUUAAGAUUAUUUCAAGAAGAUGUGAAACAAGUUUUGGAUUGGUUAACUAAUCACGGUGAAGUUUUUAUUAGAAAGAAUACAGGUGUUGGUCGUAAUCUUCAAAAAGCGAGAGUAUAUCAGAAAAGUCAUGAACAUUUUGAAAAUGUCGCACAGAAUACAUAUACAAAUGCAACCAAACUACUUACUGCUGCACAAGAAUUGGCUCAUACUGGUGAAUGUGCUGCUGAUGAGAUAUAUGCUGUAGCGCAAGAAUUAGAGGCUCACGUCAGUAGCUUUGCGGCAAGAGUCGAACAACGUCGUCGAAGAUUAGAUUUAGCAGUUGUAUUUUAUACACAUGAAAAAGAGUUAAGUGGUUGGGUUGACGAAUUACGACAAGAAUUACAACAAGACGAAGUGGCGGAGAAUUUAGAAACAGCAGAAAGAUUGUUGGAACAAUGUGCACAACAUCGAGCCUCUUGUAUGGAAGCAUGUGCAUCGACUAUUGUUCAGGGAGAAGCAUUGCUCCGAGAAUUGCGAGAAUCUACUGAUGCUCCUGAUACUACUGGCUCUAUAUCCGCGGUAGAAGCUGCAUUAGAUAGGUUAGCGAGCUUAAGACAGGAAUUAGAAGAUUUAUGGGCUACUAGAAAAUUGAGACUAGAAUUAUGUUUACGACUACGUGUAUUUGAAAGAGAUGCUCUAGAAGCGAGCGGUCAAUUAGAGAUGUGGGCACAAGAAUUGCAAGGCCCAUCUCGAGAAGGUUCUCCUGAACAAUUAUUGCGUGCUCAUAAUGACGGUGUUGCUCAUAUGCAGAAUACCGCAUUUCAAGUUCUGCAACAAGGUCAAGAACUUGCUCAGGUGUUGGAACAAGCAGGAGUUUGCAUAAUGGCAGAUGGACAACAUAGUGCUGCGACUAGAGUACAAGUGCUUCUUGAAUUUUUAAACGAAAGAGAAAUGGAUGCGGAAGAUUUAGCAGAGAUGAGAAGAGUUCGUUUAGAACAAGCUUCUCAAUUGGUUCAAUUACAAACCGACGCUACACAUGUUGCCAAUUGGAUUCGUAAUGGAGAAGCUAUGUUAUUAGCUUCUUUGAGAGUUCCGGAAAAUCUUCAAGAUGCAGAACAGCUUCGUUUAGAACACGAACAGUUUCAAGUCGCUAUAGAAAAAACACAUACUUCAGCUGUUCAGGUGAAACACAGAGCAGAUGCGCUAGUGAGUGCUAAUCAUUAUGACCCAAAGAGUAUAAGAGAAGUGGCUGAGGAUGUAACUAAAAGAUGGCAACAACUUGUGACAUGUGCAGAGGAAAGACACAAACUAGUAACAGCUAGCAUUAAUUUUUACAAAACGGCAGAACAAGUUCGUUCUGUAUUAGAUAGUCUUGAACGUGAAUAUAAAAGAGACGAAGAUUGGUGUGCUUCUGGUGAAAAAGCUACACAAGUUCCAACACUUGUUGGCAAACAUCAAGAACAAAAAGAAGCAUUUUUAAAAGCAUGCACAUUAGUCCGGCGAACUGCGGAAACAUUUCUUAAAUAUACGAACCGUAGUCUUCAAUUUUAUAGUUAUCAGGCAAAUAGUGCUGGUUCUGAGAAUAAAGUUAAAAAUAUUUUGGAGGAGUUACUUAGUAAAGAGAAUCGCGUGCUCGAAUACUGGACGCAACGUAAGAAACGAUUGGAUCACUGUCAUCAGUAUGUUCUGUUUGAGCGUAGUGCUAAACAGGCUUUAGAAUGGAUUAGAGAAACGGGUGAAUUAUAUCUAGCAACACAUACCAACGUUGGUAAAAAUCGUAUCGAAAACGAACAAUUAUUACGCGAGCACAAUGAGUUUAAAGGUGCUGCGAAGGAAACACGAGAAAGAGUAAAGCUGUUGAUUCAACUUGCUGAUAAUUUAGUCGAGAAAGGACAUGCUCAUGCAGUCGCAAUCAAACAAUCUGUCGCUGAAGUGGAUCAACGAUAUAAGGAUUUUAGUACGCGUAUGGAUUGUUAUAAAACACAAAUUGAAGAAGAUCUUGGAAUUCAAUCAGACGAUGGUCAAAAGGAUCUUUCUAUCGAUCGCAAUUCCGAUCCAUUACUCGAGGAAAAGAUCAAAGGAAAAGAUUUAAAAGAAUUAAACGAAGAAAAAAGAAGAUCAGCACGGCGAAAGGAAUUUAUAAUGGCUGAACUGCUACAAACAGAACGAACUUACGUGAAAGAUUUAGAAACUUGUAUUCGAUGUUUCUUGGAAGAAACACGUUGUGGAAAAGGAAAUGUUCCAUCCGGAUUGCAAGGACGAGAAUCUAUAAUUUUUAGUAAUAUGGAAGAGAUUCAUCAAUUUCAUAGUAACAUAUUUCUUCGUGAACUUGAAAAAUACGAAACUAUGCCCGAAGAUGUUGGACAUUGUUUUGUAACAUGGGCACCUAAGUUUGAUAUGUAUGUGACAUAUUGCAAGAAUAAACCAGAAAGUAAUCAAUUAUUAGUUACUCAUGGUGGGACAUGGUUUGAAGAAUUACAAAGAAAACAUCGAGUUGAACAUCCGAUUGCUGCAUAUUUAAUUAAACCCGUACAAAGAAUAACAAAAUAUCAAUUAUUAUUAAAAGAUCUUCAGGCUUGUUGCCAAGAAGGACAGGGCGAAAUAAAGGACGGCCUUGAAGUAAUGUUAAAUGUGCCUAAGAAAGCAAAUGAUGCCUUACAUUUAAGUAUGCUGGAAGGUUGCGAUGUAAGAAUAGAUACAUUAGGUGAUGUAGUAUUACAGGAUUCUUUUACGGUAUGGGAUCCUAAACAAUUGAUUAGAAAAGGCAGAGAUCGGCACAUAUUUCUAUUUGAAUUGUAUCUGCUCUUUAGCAAAGAAGUGAAAGAUUCGGCUGGGAAGGUAAAAUACAUUUACAAAAGUCGUUUAAUGACUUCUGAGUUGGGUGUAACUGAACAUAUUGAAGGUGACGAAUGCAAAUUCGCAGUAUGGACAGGUCGUGCACCGACUAGCGAUACACGCGUUGUUCUUCGAGCCAAUUCAAUGGAUGCUAAGCAAUUAUGGGUGAAAAGAUUACGUGAAGUUAUUCAAGAAACAUAUUUCAGUUUAAGUAUGCCCAAGAGUCCUGCGAAAAAAAGUUCAAGUCAACGAUCUAGUAGAGAUCUCGAAGAAUGUACUUCUUUGGAUGAUAGUGUUGAGAAUUUAGAUAGAAAUUCUUUGGCAUCUUUUGGUUCUACUAAUACUACAGACUCAGAUAAGACCGGCGUAGCCGAGGUAACUUGGGUCAUUGCCGAUCACUCUGCAGCACCAGGUUCGAAAGAGUUGACGGUAACGAAAGGUCAACAAGUUGAAGUAUUAGAAAAUGGAAGUAACAUUAGCGGUGUGAAUACAUCCGAGUGGACUCACGUGCGUUUACUAGUUGCUCCAGGACAAGUUGAUCCUCCUCCAGAAGGAUUAGUUCCUACUAGUGCGCUUAAACAACCCCCUCCGGUUUCUAGUAAAACUUCACCAUCUAGGAAAGUUCCAGGACAGCAACAACAACAACAACAGCAGCAGCAGCAGCAACAACAACAACAAUUGCAUUAUCAACAACAAUCGAGUAGUCAAGUUCAAACUACCGCAUCCAGUGGAGGAUUUGCAACUGCAUCCUCUGCUGCUGGAAUAGCAGGCUCUUCGUCGACGAUUACAACAAGUAUAACACCUGUGUUACCGAUUCAAAAUGUUCCUGUGUUGCCGGAUGAAACUGAAAAUGUUGCAAACGAUGGAAGUACUCCUGCGAACACAAAUUCUCCAGGAAACAAAAGGCGUGGCUUUAGCGGGAGAAAGUGGUUACCUCCACCAUUGCGUAAACUUAGUCAAGGUAAAGUCGAGAAAUCACCACCAACGACGACAUCGACAGCGACAUCGAUGACAUCGAUUGUACCGCCAUCAGGCGAUCGGUUGAAGAAGAAUGUCUCGGAGAAACGAUUCAAAUUACCGACUGGUGCGGAACAAUCUCGACCGUCCAGAACUGCUUCUAUUUCUAUCUCUGCGUUAACAACAGCGACUGCCUCUAUGCGUGUAUCUGCUUCUGAAGCGGACCUUGACACUGAACUUCAACCAGGAAUCGAGGGAGAAGAAGACGAAGGAGAAACCGAACAAUCGGAACCAGAAUUGGAAGAAGAUGUACCGGAACCCGAUAACACAGAAGCUUUAACUUAUUCGGAACAAAAUGGAGCGGACGAUGUCGAAGACGAAUUAGAACUUCCUCCGCCGAUGAAACCCAUCACUGAACCGAUACUUGUAGGAACUGCGAAUGGAGCAUCGGGGUCUGCAAUUACAACAGAAGGCUGUGGAAAAUCUCGAACAUCUGAACGUUCAACGAAGAUUCUUGACGGUGCCACAACGGUUGAUUUAGCUGAAAUUGAACAAAUCGUAAAAGAAAGAAUGGAACAACAUACGGAAAAUCAAGAAAGGCAAAGUCUGAUGCGAACACCUAGUGGUAAAAAUUCAAGCAUUGGCAGUGCGGAUAACGAUUAUGACAAAGAUGCAGUAUCAACUAUUGCUACUACCACGAUUACUUCAUCAACGACGAUAAUGACAACAGUAGCGACAGCAACUGUAGCGACUGGGAUAACGACAACAACAACUAAGAUAGGAACAACGAGUAGUCCUGCUCACGGGAAUUCGGAGGAAUACGACUUGGAGAGUGCAGUGCUAGUAAAACGACAAUUCGUUAUUCGAGAAUUAGUGGAGACAGAAAAAGAUUAUGUAAAUGAUUUAAAGCAAAUAGUUGAAGGAUACAUGGCGUUAAUGCGAGAUUCUGAAUCUCAAGUGCCAUUGCCAGAUGAUUUACGCGGUGGAAAAGACAAAAUGGUUUUUGGUAACAUAGAGGCAAUCUACGAAUGGCAUAGAGAUUUCUUUCUGAAAGCUUUGGAACGUUGCUUGGAACGGCCGGAAGAGCUUGGGCCGUUGUUUAAGCGAUACGAAAGGAAGUUACAUAUGUAUGUUGUUUAUUGUCAAAACAAACCAGUCUCCGAGUAUAUUGUUUCUGAGUAUAUAGAUACCUAUUUCGAGGACUUGAGGCAAAAGCUCGGACAUCGAUUACAAUUAUGCGAUCUUUUGAUCAAACCGGUUCAAAGAAUCACAAAGUAUCAACUUCUUCUUCGAGAGGCAUUAAGACUUACCGAACGAACUCAAAGAAUUUCGGAAAUCGAAGGACUUAGAGCAGCGGUUCAUGUAAUGCGUAUUAUUCCAAAAGCGGCCAAUGACAUGAUGGAUGUUGCAAGACUUCAAGGUUUCGAUGGAAAAAUUACAGCGCAAGGAAAAUUAUUAUUGCACGGACCACUUUUAGUCUCAGAAUUUUCUUCGAAUUUACCUAGUAAGGAAAAAGAAUGGCAAGUCUUCCUGUUCGAACAAAAUAUUAUUUUUAGUGAGGCUGUCGGAAAAAAGACACAAUUCACCAAUCCUGUCUAUAUUUACAAGGCUCAUAUUCAGGUGAAUAAAAUGAGUUUGGAAGAAUGUUAUGAUGAUUCGGAGAAGUUUAUAAUUCGAUCAACAGAUCCUCGAAAACCUGGCCUUGGAUUCUCUUGUAGCGCAGUAGAAGAAAAUGGGCCACGGAAGCAGGAGUGGGUAGAUACGAUCACUGCCAUCCUGCAGACCCAACGUGACUUCCUUAAAGCGAUACAGUCACCAAUUGCCUACCAAAAGGAACUUACCAAAGAUCCAUUUCGUGGCGUGAGUCCGGAUUCUCCAUGUCGAGGGAAUGUACUUUCAUCAACAAUACCGAACAUGUCUAAAACGAACGAAGAACGGAGAAAUGAAAUCGCUGCUACUACCUCUUCAAAAGCAUUAGCUACAGCUGCAGCAGCGACAGCUACGACAACAUCGGUUUUACAGCGACCUCGUACUGGAGGCUUGGAUCAGGAUUCUUCACAAUCGCCAAGUCCUAGCAAAAGCAGACUGAACUUUCUUGAGGGAUUCAGAAGUACUCUACGUCCACGAUCACCUGUUCGCAACAACUCUAUUCCGAUCGUUCCAGGAAGCAGAGUAAGAUUAACCGCAGAUUGGGGCAAAUUACAUGCUGGAGAAGAAUUGGAGAUCUUCCGUGUGGAUGGUCCAGGGCUAAUCGUCUCUCCGGUAAUCGGAAAAAAGGAGGAAUUCUGGAUUCCGGCGAGUCUCGUUCCAAAUUCAUCGAUCAGCCGCGCAUGGUCUUUCCGUCCGCGAAGAAUCGAUUCCGAGGGAGAGAACGUCCGUCUUCCGCAAGAUAUGUGCGCGGAAGAGAACGGUCCUCCCGCGAUUUUGACUAUUCCGUGUUCGAUCAGGGCGACGGCAGGUGGCGUGGCUCGGCUCGUACUGGAAGCUCGCCGCGUGGAACGAGCAGUCGUACGUUGGAGAAAGGAGGGGCAACGAUGUGACAUCGAGGAAAGCGAUCGAUAUCGACUUUACCGAACGAACGAUUCCCUUUGUCUCGAAAUUGCUCCUUGCCUUCCUUCUGAUUCCGGGAUUUACCACUGUCGCGUCGAACAUGAAACGGGUUCUUGUUCAGCAAAAAUUCCCCUCAGUAUCGUAGGUAUCGAUACGACAAACGCUUGGUGUGAUACAAUCGAAUGCAAUCGAUCAAACGGAUUAACGAUAAAGGAAACCUCGUCGAUUGUAACAUUGUCAGAUUCGAGAAAAAAAGUAACGAAAAAUAUAGAAAUUGAACAAUUUAAUAACAAAUAUAUCGAGCUGGAAGAAUUAGGAAUUGGUAGAUUUGCUAGAGUAUGCUGUGCAAAGGAAAAAGGAUUCGACCGAGAAGUAGCACUCAAACAAAUAUCUCGAUUGAAGCAACCGCUAUCGUUAACUCGUGCCGAGUAUGAUCUUCUCAGGAAUAUACGCCAUGAUAAUAUUGUUCGAGCAUUUGCACUUUUCGAGGAUACACCUCAACCGGAUAUCGAUACUAUCGUUUUAGAGUUGGUCAAGGGUUCCACAUUGUUUAUUUAUCUUGGCGAACAAAUUGAAUAUACCGAAGCGACUGUUGCAAAAUAUACCGGUCAACUACUAUCAGCAUUAUACUGGUUACACUCACGUAAACGAGCUCAUUUAGACUUAAAACCAGAAAACGUUCUAAUUGAUGAGAAAACUGGUGUUGUAAAACUAAUAGAUCUUGGUGAAGCUGUCAGAGCGGUACCACUGGAUGAAGUUGUUCCUCCAGUUGAUUUGGAAUUUGCAGCUCCAGAAUCGGUUCUCGGUAAACCAACAGGAUCCUAUACAGACAUGUGGGCUGCCGGUGUUUUUCUUUAUGUAUUAUUAAGCGGACUUUCUCCAUUUUUGGAUGAUUCCAUUGAAGAAACUACCGCGAACAUACUAAAAUGCGAUUUUUGUUUCCCUGAUGAAUAUUUUAAAGAUAUAUCAUCCGAUGUAAAAAAUCUUCUUGAAACAUUGUUGUGUUUACGUGGAGAAGACAGAGCAACCGCUCAAUUAAUUCUAUCAUCACCUUGGUUUAAGAUAUCAAUUGGUGCAACGAUUCCUUCUUCUCGAAUGGUUGCAUUCAUUGACCGCCGUGCUCACCGCUCAAAACAUCAUCAGGAUCGAAAUAGCAGUUUUUAUUCUUAAAUUACUAUAGUUCAAAAAAGACAUAUUUAUUGAUGAAUAAUUUUAAAAGCUACCGGCUAAACUCAGCCGAUUGUAAAUAAUAAACAACAAUUACGAUUCACCGUUGCA